GCCGUGAGUUUGUACACCGACUUUACCAUCACCGGCUUCGCGAUCCCGAAGUGGUUGAAAGAUCUCUUGAAGGAUGGCUUUCUCAAGGACAGGAUCAAAGAGGCGAUCAACGAAGGUGCAAGAGCCAUGAUCAAGAUGAUGACCGGGCCGCUGCAGUGCGUCCCCGGUGCGAGUGCAGUCACCAACAAGAUCAUGGAUGCGGCCGCAUCAGCGGGGAACCUUCUGGCAGGCCUUAUCCCCAACCUCGGUCUCAAGUGGGACUUCAAGCCGAUCUACAUUCUGAAGCCUCAGAAGCUCUUUUGCAAGGAGGUGUGGACGACGCCGGGUUUCGAGAACGCUCCCUGCGCAGAUCAGCUCGGGUGUGGAACCGCCGGCCAGGGGACGGCAGAUGAGUCGGAGGUCGAGGUUGUGCCACCGGAACAGGUUCACCAACCGACUGUGAACCGACAGCACGGCGCCCCUGGAUGCCCACAAGGUCUGAAAAUGGGCGACCGCUUCAUUGAGCUUGGCAAGUUUCGCAUUGCCGAGUUUUACGACCGAUACUUGUCGGUCUCGCACAAGGACCCUCGUGCACAG